CCUCCCCAUCAACCCUAAGGGGGUUUUAGUUUUCGUGAUCCUAGACAAACAUUAAUUCACCAGUAGGAGACAGUGCGCACUUCACCUCCCUAAAUCCUGCCUAGCUACUAAAACCAUCUUUUCAAAGAAGCGCUGAGAAGCCUCACUGUUCUCUCUCGCGAGUUGCGCGGUUUGAAUAUGGUCUCCCUUCUGGCUCGUUUGCUCUUCUUUGCCUGGAUGGUCCUUCACUACUGUGGGACAGAAAAAGUUAGACAGAGGGCUCUUCGCCAGAGGGACGCUGAAUUCAUUGAAAGAUACAAUGGCUGCAUGCAGGGGCCUGCAGGCACCCCAGGCAGAGACGGAAACCCCGGUAUGAAUGGUAUACCUGGCAUACCCGGCCGAGAUGGGCUGAAAGGGGAGAAGGGAGAGUGCAUGAGAGAGAUUCUGGAGGAGCCCUGGAAACCCAAUUUCAAGCAGUGCGCCUGGAAGUCCCUCAACUAUGGCAUCGACCUGGGAAAAAUUGCAGAGUGCACUUUCACAAAAAUGCGCUCUGACAGCGCCCUCAGAGUUGUCUUCAGCGGCUCCCUGAGACUCAAGUGUAAGAAUGCCUGCUGCCAGCGAUGGUACUUCACUUUUAAUGGGGCUGAAUGCACAGGCCCUCUGCCAAUUGAGGCCAUCAUCUAUCUAGACCAAGGCAGCCCUGAGUUUAACUCUACUAUUAAUAUACACAGAACCUCCUCAGUGGAGGGACUGUGUGAAGGCAUUCAUGCUGGUCUGGUGGACGUUGCCGUCUGGGUGGGGACCUGUGUGGAUUAUCCCAGGGGCGACGCGUCCACAGGCUGGAAUUCCGUGUCCAGAGUCAUCAUUGAGGAGCUGCCGAAGUGAAAAGCGCCACCAAUCCGACUUCAGCCCGUUUUUUUCCCCGAAUUACACGGUGGAUUUUCCUUCAAUUAGUUUUUUUUUUUUUUAAUCCGUACCCAUGCUAUAUGAAACUCAAGAGUAUCCAACAAAAGAAUUUAUCAGGAACCUUUUUUUUUGUUGUUUGUAUCACGUUAAUGUCCAAAUUACAAUUCUACACAUUUGUAGGAUUCUGUAGUAGUUUAUUUUAGCAUUCUUUAGUAACCGUUGUCAGAAUUUCAUUUUUACUCAUGUCAAUAAAUGAAACUUUUUAUAAAAAAAAAAUUGUUGAUUUGAGCAGUUUGAAAGUUGUCAUUGAAAAUAAAAAAUGUAACAGGACAUAGUUACAUUAGAUACUUCCACGAUUACCAGGAGCUAAAAUAUUUCAAUAUGACUGCAAGUUAAUUGGACGCAUUGCAGAUUGUUUGACAGACCAGGCUACAGCUUUGAAUUUCAUCCCAGCUAAGGUACUUAAAGCGAUGGAAGAUCGUUUGAUUUUACUGAACUUUCUUUUACACGUCACUCGAAAUUCAUUAAAUAUUUACAAACAGGCAAAAUAUUAAACUUCAAUUAAAUAAAAAAAAAAUCAAUUCCACUUCUAAAUGAAGAUUAAGCCAAAAUGUCAAAUGUAGAAUAUACAUUCAAUGUUUCUUUUAAAAUGGAAUACAGUUGCAUUUAGUAAAAAAAAAACUGUUUGCAUGUUAUUUUACUGAUGUAUUUUGACAUUUGCAGCACAGCAUCUGUACGACACCCUAAAGUUUUAUGGUUACCACCCCCCCCCCAAUCUCAAACACUUUAAGUGCAUAAAUAUUUUAAAUACAGAUACGUCGCAGCUUUCAGUUAGGUACUGGGACUGUGAAACCAGUCCAACUUACAGUUCACCUAAUUUCUCGAUGAAUUCAAAAAAUAAAAAUCUUUGGCUUACACCUAUGCACACAAAACUUACAUGUACAUCAUUUAGGAGACAUUCAGAGUUACGUACAGCUAGCUGUGUGCUGGUCAUAUUAAAAUAUCUACGCCCAUAUAAUUCGACAUUACAGCUUCCAGGUUGUGCAAACUGCAGCUGCGUCACGCCCCUUGAAGAAGCACAGCCAGGGCUGGUCAAGGCUGCUUCUCAGGUAGGUAAAGUACCGCUCAUGGUAACACACAGUAACUGUCUCUCUAAGAGCUGGUACUGCUCUUCAGCGACGAUCUCCAUUGGGAUGCCAUUACCUCAUCGCCCGGACUGACAUCC